ACAGGAAAGCGUCGCCGGCGAGUUCCUGUAUUCCGAGCCGAAGAAGCUUCGCUGGAAAAAAUCCUGGUUUUAAAACAAACCGAUCCAUGUGAGACCUCCCGGUCGACUUUGCUGCAUUGGUCGGUGGCUUUCUGCCUCGCAAGUGUGAGCUAAAGCUCCUGAUGGAUGAGGAGGCUAAGAUGAAGGAGGUGCAGGAGCUGGGGGUGCUGCUGGAAGCACCCGGCCUGGGAGUGAAAGAGAGGCUCUACCUGCUCAUCAGCACUCUUCAAAAAUUGGCUGAUCAUGGAGAAAUUACCUCAAGAUUGCUGUCAAACCUCCAUCGAAGUGGCGUUUUGCCUAAUUGCGUCACACUUUUGUCCCUGGGUCCGAGGCACCUGCAGGAACAUUGGAGUGAGUGCGCCACACUUGCCCUGCUCAUCAGUCACUGUUGCUCCUGUGAGGGCAGCAUGUCCGCAUCAUUCCAGGGUCUUUUACUGCCCUCACUGGUUGACUCUCUUCUGUCACUGACGUGUCAACUCAUGUUAAGAGCAGAGUCUGACUACAGGAUGGCACUGGAAUCACUUAGCUUGCUGCUGAGACGUCACUCACACCUCACAGCCCAUGUCCUCAGCUCCAUUCAUUAUGAACGCAUUCAGAUGUGUGAUGAUGCCACAGUUUCCCUGCUCUGCAUCCAGAUGUGGAUUCACAUCUGCAAGGCCUCAAGGGAUUUCCUGGCUGCUCUGAGUGAAGACUCCAUCCUCCUCCUGCUGAAUGAUGCGGUGGGCCAGUUAGCAGUCAGUAGUAAUUCCAGCGUGGGCGGAGCCUGUAUCCGGCUCAUCUUACUGAUGUCCGAUCAGCUGGAUCUCAAGCCCUUCCUUCAUGGAUUUAAAGGUUUGGAAAGCCUAUUGGCCAAAGACUGGCAUGGACGGGGCUUUGACUCAGAUGUCAAUAAGUUAAUUCAUCAGCUCAGACCCCACAGUGACCCCACAGACCCCACGAGGAAGUACCAAAUGUCUGCUGAGUGUGUGAGGGCCGCGUGUGUGAUCCAAGCUGCGUGGAGGUCUUACCUCGCUAGACGUAGAGUCAAGAGUUUGAGUGGAGCUGUGACAACUCUGCAGAGGAGAUUCAGAGCGCGUAAAAGACAGCAGCAACAACAGAAGAUCGCUCAGCAGCUGGAGGAAGAGCUGAAGUUUCAGAUGCGUGUCAGGCGUCAGCAGGCAAGGAGACGUUUUCACCAAAAGCAAAGAGAGCUGUUGCAGAAGCUCCCUGCUGAGCAGGUGCAGUGGUUCCUGCAGAACUGUGAGCAGCGAGCAGCUGUUAUCAUCCAGAGAAUGUGGAGGGGGUUUAGAGUGCGUCAGCACUACCAAGCCACACUGGGCCGGACACGGACACGACAGCAGGCGGCACGGACCCUGCAGAGGGCGGUGCGUCGCUUUCUGAAGAGAAGACGCACAGCCAGAGCCCAGCUUGCAACAGUGUUUGGCCAAAAUGGUUUGACAGACACAAGGAGAGUAGAGCUCAAGAAGCAAGUUGAAGAAUACAUCAGUAAUCAUCCUUCUCCAGGUGUCCAUUUUCAGGACUGCCAGCGUCUCCAUGACGACGUGCAGAGGCGACUGCAGCAGCUGCAGGUGUCAGAUGAUCAGAAGAGAGUGGAACUUCUGCUGAUUCAAACUAACAACUACCUAGAUCUACUUCAAGAGGCCCCUGCUCUCUCAGACAUCACAGCCGCAGAUGUCCCCUCCUUUCUGAGCCACUCCGGAACAAUCGCAGCUCGUGCACGUCAGGCUCACAACGCACGCAUGCUUGUGGACCGCCUGCCAUGGUGGAGGACGCUUAGGGACUCAUCUGGUUCUGCUCAAAUGGAAAAUCCAGAGAUGCCAAUUGAAGGGCUGUAUGUAGGAGGCCAACAGCAGACAUGACCUGAGGGCCAAGCCAGUCACACAUUUUUAUGGACAAAUACCAACAGACGUGGAAUGUAAUUUAUGGCUCUCAGGACUAGAAAUAGUUAAGAAAGAAGGGAAUGAAAGUGUUUAUUUAAAUAAUUCUCAAUAAAAUGUGACCAUUUCUACUGCUUAGUGGUGUUCUUGGCUGAAGUGAAGGUGUUUCAGCAGGAUUGAAGGCCAGCAGUCCAACUUUGUUGUGGUGUCCGACUGGCCAAAUGUAAUUCUGCUCCUAAAUAACUAAGGUGUCUGAAAGGUUUGUGAGGCUUAUGUGUCUCCAAGGAGAAGCGUCUGACAGGUAC